AUGCCACAUUUACGCCUCCGCAAAGAACCGGGACCAGCCCAAUCAUGGCCAAAGUCCCUAGAAUCACGGUCACCAACACGUCCCAUCGUCCCAUCUGCACGCAUUGGGAGUGGCUCAGGGGAUAACCAACCACUGCUUGAUGCCUUGCCAUACUGGUACGGCUCAUCAAGUUUGCGGCAAAGCGGCCUCGGCUGUGAGGCCAAAUUCGGCCUCAAUCUCACUUGA